UGAAACAAUUUUUUUUUGUAGUUAAGUAUAUUAAUACUAUAACACACACACAAUGUCUCGAGGGUGGGAAAGCCAAGAUGAAAAAUCAUACUGGAUACCAGACUGUGAUAUUGAAGGAAAAAUUCCUCUCGAUAUUCAUGGAAGUUUAAUACGUAAUGGGCCAGGGAUUAAUGAAGUUUAUGGAAAAAAACUUAAGCAUCCUAUUGAUGGAGAUGGAAUGGUUUGCAAACUUACUCUAUAUGAUGGGAAAGUGCAUUUUCAUUCAAAGUUUGUCAGCUCUUUCCAUAGGAAAGCUGAAGCCAAAGAAAACACUUUUAUUUUUCCUGGUCAGAUGGGAACAAGAAUUCAUAGUAUAGCUGCAGAUACAUUAAAUGCAUUCAAAGCUGUUUUUUAUGGUUCAAAACCAAACUUAAAAUUUCGAAAUCCAUCAAAUACAAAUUCUUUGUACUGGGGUGGAAAAAUUCUUACUCUUUAUGAAACAAGUCUUCCUCAUUGCUUGGAUCCAUAUAAUCUUGAAACACUGGGCUUAGAAAAUUUAAACAAUUCAUUAACAUUAAAUUGUGCUGGUGCCCAUUUUCGAAUAGAUCCUAUUUCAAUGAAUCUUAUCAUGUUUGGUCUCCGAGUAAAUCUUGAAAAUGCUGCUUCACUGGAAAUUUAUGAGUUUGAUAAACAAUGGACAUUAAUCAACAAGUUGAACUAUAAAAUUCCUGGUUUAAAUUAUGCUCAUGACUUUUUAUUGUUUCCAGAUUACUUUUUGUUUCAUAUGACACCAUUCACAGAUGUUUCAAAGUGGACAGCUUUCCAGAUAUUAAUAGGAUGGAGCUCACCUGGUGAAUCAAUGCAUUGGUAUCCAGACAAACCAUCAAUGUUUGUUGUAAUACCAAGAAAGGGAAAAUCAGAAAAUAUAAUGUUUUUUAAAACAGAUCCUUGUCAUAUAUUUCAUUUUGCCACAGCUGAGCAAAAUGGUGAUAAGCUACACUUUAGUUCUGUUUGCUUAAGUGAAACAAUGAAUAUGUCAUUUGCUCAAGGCCUAUGGUUGUCAAAUGCAGAUGUAAGUCCGGGACAGGUUUAUAAUUUCACAAUAGAUCUCUCCAAAAAUGAAUGCAAACGAGAACUUAUUUACAAUAAGUCUGCUGAAUUUCCAAUUACUCACCCUUAUAGACAUGGAGAGUCUGGUUCUAAAUUCGUGUACUUAAUGGCAUCAGAUGGAGAAGAAAAUUUGCCAUUUAAAGAUGUUGUAAAGCUUGACAUUAAAUCACUAAAAAAGACAGUUUGGAAUUCAGAUGGUAUUAUAGGAGAGCCUGUUUUCAUCCCACGGCAUGGUUAUGAAUCUAAUAAAAAGGGUAGCGAAGAUGAUGGCUAUAUAAUAGUUCAACUUUAUCACCCGGAUACGCAUAAAACAGAUUUUUGUAUUAUUGAUGCGCAACAUGUUGAUGAUGGUCCUUUAGCAAGAAUUAAACUUAAGCAUCAUGUUCCAUAUGGUUUCCAUGGAACAUUUACACCUGAAGUGUUUUUCUAUGAACCUAAGUUAGUUUUUACUAAAUCUAAACUGUAACUCUUCUGAAAGAAAUCUCAGUGUAUAUUUCAAAUAUUUAUCUUAUCAAACUGUAAGUUAUUUAAGUGUUAAAAGCUUGUAUAUUAUUUGUAAAAAGUUUUUUUUUUCUUGUUUUAAAAUAUAAUUUGUAAGUAAAAUUUUA